AUGCUCCCCCCACUCCCCUCUCUCCCCCAAGCAACCCUCGCCUUUUCCUUCUUAGCCUCAACAAUAGGCACAUACUUCGCCUGCCGACAACCCAACCCCAACCCCAACCCCCCAACCCGCUCCAAAUCCGACUCCCUCACAACCUGCCACAUAACAGACAAACACGCCACCAAAAUCAUGCUCUCCCCCCUCGGCAUCCUAACCCUCCUCUCCGCCCGCCUCGCCUACCUCUACCCUGCCCUCCCACCAAACCAAUGCCGUCACCUUAACCCAGACCUGGUAACUUGGUCCCCCUCAACCGCCAUCCCGUUAGCGCUCAUCCUCUGCGUUGGAGUCCCCCUCCGCUUAGCAUCAUACGCCUCCCUAGGCAAAAACUUCACCUUUGCGCUUGCAGAGCCGGAUAGGCUCAAAACAACAGGGCUGUACCGAUAUGUUCAGCACCCCAGUUACACCGGCGUGGUGGUUUUGAUUUUUUGCAAUAUCGCGCUCAUGGCGAGGGUGGACGGGGUGGUGAGCUGCUGGGCGUCGGAGAGGUGGUACAAGUGGUUGAGGGAUUUGGGGUGGUCGUUGGCGCCGGUGGGGGUGUCGGUUGUGCUCGGGGCGGUUUGGACUAGGGUUAGGCAGGAGGAGGAGAUGUUGAGAACAAAGUUUGGGGGGGAGUGGGAGGGGUGGCAUUCGAGGACGGCGAGGUGCAUCAAGCUUGUCCGAUCAUUCGCGCUCAUCCGUGUCAAUUGAUAUGCCUCCAUGUCCCUUGCCCGCUUCUUUUCCCUCUUUGAUAAAACCACUUGCGCGCCUGGUGUUGUCUCCGAGUUGCUUGGCUGGACCGGCUCCUCCUCGUUAUCGCUAGACUCUUCUCCCAUGGCGUAUCCUAUCUUCGCGGCAGCAGCUGAUACCCGAGUCCGGUUGUGUCGCAACCGAGAGGCAUUCGUCGCUGAAGGUGAUGGUAGUAUCACGGAUGAUUUCUUUGAUAUUAUCCUCCCCGAGGGUAACCGAAGUGAAUCUUCAUCAACUUGAACUGCCCGAGCCUGAUUCCAAGGAUUGGAAGUGCUCUCUUGGUCACCUUUCUGGCCGUCUGUUUCUCGUCCCUCCAAUAUCCCGCGAUAGAGUUCGGCAAACUCGGAUUCUGGGUCCGAGAUGUCAAAUGUGCAGUGCCCUGGCUUGCCGGUCAUGUGCUGCUGCAUCGCUUGCACUGAGGAUCUUGUUGUCCCGCAUUUGAUGCAUUCGUGGUAUUCGAAGAUGAUGAGAUGGAGGUAUUCAAAGAGAGCCUCGAGGUUUUCGGUAGAAAAUAGUUGUCGAUGUGGGAUGAAUAGCCCGUGGGACUUUUGCAUGUGCUCUAUGCCGUCGACGAAGGAUGAUGAUAGAUGGAGACAAAAGAGACAUUGGCCCGGAAUAAAUGGUGGUAUGGUGGAAUGGGAGAGAUUACUCUCAGGGGUUGAUGACCGACUGUUCGGUGAGCUUGAUAGAGCCAUGUUGGUGGUAGUCGCUGUGGUGGUUGUGGCAGUUGCAGUGUCUGGCAUGAGUAUCAGGGAGGUGUUGGUGCUGGAGUGAUUAGGGUGGUGUGGUCCGCUGGGUGCAGCUGCUGGUGAUGGCAAAGUGUUGAUGCCUUGUGAAGAUGAUAGUCCGAAUUUCUGCCUGAAGUGAUGCUCUACUUGUU